CGGGUUGUCAAUUUUGAUCCUGGGUGUAUGGAUUUCCAUUGACAGAACAAGUUUGCCUUUCUUACAAAUAAUGGACAGUCCAAUCUUCAAGACGGCUGCUUUUGCAAUGAUUGGAGUUGGAGGAUUCGUCACUAUCCUUGGUUUCUUUGGAUGUGCCGGUGCAUGGUGUGAAAACAAAUGCAUGCUGUGGACGUAUUUCUUGUUUGUGUUUAUCAUUCUUCUGACUGAGAUUGUAUGUACUAUUUUACUCUUCGUGUUCAAAUCAGAGGUGGAGGCGUUCUUGAAAGUUAAACUCAAUGAAACUAUGUUGGAGGAUUACAAAGAUGUUGAAGAUGAUCCCGAAGAGUUCAACUCUCGGGCUAUCGAUGCUAUACAACUCACUUUCGAGUGUUGUGGUACAGAGUCAUAUAAGGACUGGUUGGACAGUAAAUGGUACAAAAGUAAACUUAAUGAUACAUCGACCCAGCAGGAAGUGGAUGAAUUAUGGACUUUUCCAAAGUCUUGCUGCAUGACAGAAGUAAAGGAAAUAAUUUCUGGAGAGUUGCCAACACCAUUAAAUGCUACAGCCUGCAAAGGGGAUGAGAAACUCCCAAAUAGUUUUAUGAAUUCAGGGGGUUGUUAUGAUCUUAUAUAUGAACAGUUCAACAAUAAUAUUUGGAUUUUAGCUGGGGCUGGUCUUGGUGUAGCUUGUCUACAGCUAUUUGGAAUAGUGUUUGCCAUUUGUUUGCUCCGGAACCUCAAGGAUGACUUUGAUGAUUAGCUGUUCCCACAGAAACACUGUCGCCUAGCAUCUAGACACCAAUCGCUCAUUAUACUAUUCACUAUGGUGAGCUGUUUGCAGCGCCCUCAUACAGUGACUUCAGAGUUUAUUUUGUUUUUAUUCCUAAAUUGCGUAAAUAAAAAUCUGAGGGCGCUGUUGCAAUUUAUGGUCAUUCUACAUUAUAACAUUAUGUGAUAUUUUGAAUUGCCAGGAAAUUAUUUGUCAUUUUUAACAAGAUUUGUAACUAUCAAUACCAUGUAGUUAACAUAUUUUAGCAUAGUUUUGUAAAGAAUACCUUUUGGAUGCCAUGAAAAAUAAAGAUAUUAUGGAAUGAUGAACUUAAAGAGCUGAGAUGUUCAAACAAACAAUGUAUAAAACACAGAUUGUAUAUGAUGCAUGGGAACCCUAUUAAAUAUGUCAUAUAGCGAUGACUCAUACUUUAAUAAGUCAAGCUGAAAAGAACGUUACAGAGCCACACUUUGUAGCAUUAUACUGUGUUUGAUAGGAAUCCUAUGCGACACAAAAUACAUUGUCUUUGUUUUUACAAAAUUCAAAUUCAUACUGCGCAAAUACUAUGACGCUUUAAACGCUAAAACAUGUACCAUAUUUUCACUGGAUCAUUUUGUUCAUGUGACUACUAGUGUACAUUUCGUCAGAACGUGUUUCUGGUGUACACUGACAGACGUGGUACUGCCUGCAGGCUAUAUUUAUACGUAUCACGUUUUAAUUCCAAAAUCUGAUUUUUACACAUUUUCUCCAUAAUUAAUGUCUCCCAUACUGUUUGACAGUUAUUUUCUCUGUUUUCCUGGUGAUGGAUUGUUCACUUUCAAAAUUUAUUACUCUUAAAAAUAAUUUUAAAAUAAGACGAGAACCGAAGUGCUGAUUAUUUUCUAUGUAUUUUGCUUAUAAAACUUGAAAAUAUCACAGCCAUUUUAGAAACCUUUUGAACAACUAUUGAUAUUUACUA